AUGACGCAAGCUUCAUGUGAUCCUAACGAUUACGAUCCUGAACGCUCUCCCCGAUCCACUGCAAAAUCGAGGAGACCUGAUAUGGGAAUACCGAAAUGUGGAGAUCGUUGUUGUAUUCCUGGCGCUAGAUGUAAAUCAGACGAUGUGGGAAAUUUGUAUUGCCAGGUUUCGUUCCCGAACCUAGCAUAUCCGCCAUUUCCAGAGGGCAAGGGUCGUAUUCCCCCUACACUCCAACUUCCAUCGACAGCAUCAAAAUCAGAACAGGUCUCCCAGACCCAGACGAGCUCGACCACUCAGUCUACAACCGAACCCCCAAAUAUAAUCCCAAUUUCAGAUCUUCCAUCAGUAGGCCAACAACCUACAUCAGAAUCUUCAGCCAUUCACAAUGUCAACCACUCAGAGCCUCUAUCAUCCUCACCGGAAGGAUCCAAAUUCCCACCCCUCGCAAUCGUUGUCGGCCUUAUUCCUGGUCUUGUAGCCGGGAUUAUCCUCGCGCUGAUAAUCAUUCAUUUCUAUAGACGGCGCCAAGAAAAACGCUUCAUCCCGUCACCCAUGUCGAAGUUCAGCCAUUUCCGUGAAAAGUCAUGCGAGAAAGGUGUAGUCUCCAUCUCCGACCCCAUCCCUUCCACAGCGCAGGACUCCGUCCGGACAGAUUUCCUCCGCCGCCAAGCCGCCGGCCUCGUGAAGGAAGAGGACGGCAACACUAAGUCGAAGUUUCGCCGGACUAGUGCGCGGGUGAAGAGUUUUUUUGGGCCAAGGCCUACAGCAGAUGAUAUUGCGACUAUGCCUAUGUCGACUACGGCGCCUAACGACCGAGAAACCAGGGCGAAUGGUGUUGGUGGUGUCGGCAGUGGUGAUGGACGAGGAGUGGGGCGCGAGCCAAGUACAGAGAGUAUAAAAGUUUUCAGCCCGGUACACCUACGGCCCGCUCAAAUCGGGGAUCCGUAUCCUCCCGCUGGCAACGGCAGACCACAAACUACAUUCUCCGAAAUGAUAGAACGGGUUGGGUUCCAGAGCAAGAACGGUAGUCCGUAUUUUUCGGUCACGGCGACGCCGCCUCUCCCGCAACUAUUAACGCCGCAACGCAGGGUUUUGUGA